ACUAGUUGAGAAGUGAUUCUCAGGAAAAUGCAUGUGCGGUGAACGAAUCUGUACCAUUUCGAGGAGAUUCGCAUGCUGUAUAUAAAAGAAUGGUUGUUCCGGUUCUUCAUCAGUUCAGUAACUGCGCUCGGAGCGAUAGGAUGUGGAGUUGAUGUGAGCUGUGGGCUUUGAAGUAUGUUGGCGAGUGUCUUGGUGCCGGUGUAAUGUGUUUGAGAUUAUAAGGUGAACAAAUAUAGAAUAAGUGUGGAUUGAUAGAACGAAAUUGAAAAGCCCGUGAGUUGAAAAGUAACAAUAAGUAUCUGUGAUGGCAGACGUCCCAGAAAUAGAAAUUCCCAUGCCUUGGGGACAUGUUACCGGAAAAUGGUGGGGCCCAAGAGAUAAACAACCGGUAUUAGCCCUUCAUGGAUGGCAAGAUAAUGCUGGAACUUUCGACAAAUUGGCUCCUCUACUAACUCCGCAUAUGGCUCUUCUUUGUAUUGACAUGCCUGGUCACGGCCGCUCUUCGCAUUAUCCCAAAGGCCAGUACUACUAUUUGUUUUGGGAUGGAUUGUUACUUGUUCGACGAAUUGUAAAACAUUUCAAUUGGAAGAGUGUGUCUAUCAUAGGACAUUCAUUAGGAGGAGCCAUAGGAUUCUUGUAUGCAGCGUCCUUCCCAGAAGAAAUUGAUAAACUGGUUCAAUUAGAUAUAGCUAGCCCAACAGUUCGAGACAUCUCUAGAGUAGUUAAUGACACCGGUACAAUGAUUGACAGGUUUCUAAAAUAUGAAAAUUUAUCUGUGGAGAACAUGCCAUGUUAUAAUUAUGAUGAAAUGAUUGGUAUUGUGGUAGAUGCAUACAAGAGCUCUUUGACUAAAGACUCAUCAGAAGUUAUGAUGAAACGAGGAAUGGUCCCAGCUGCUUCAGCUACCACUAAUGGAAAAGGUGAUACUUAUAAUUUUUGUAGGGAUGUGCGGUUAAAGGUUGCUGGAAUGGGAAUGCUUUCUUUGGAUAUGGUGCUAGAAUAUGCAACAAAAAUUAAAUGUGAAGUGUUAAAUUUGAAGGCUAAUCCUGGAUUGCGUUUCGAUAAUCCACAAUAUUAUGGACUGGUGCUUGACAAAGUUAGGGAGAAUGCAAAAAGAGUUGUGUACCAUGAAGUGGAAGGUACACAUCACCUUCAUUUGAAUAAUCCAGAGAGAAUAUCUUCCUACAUAAUUAGCUUUUUUAAUUCAACAAAUUUACCUAAUGCAGGAGGUGAUGCUGCAGCUUGAUGCUAAUGUUGACUGUUAGUUGAAUUCUUAAGCUUAAAUCAGUUUUAUUUGUAUGUGACAAUACUGUAUUUAAGUUGUACUUACAGAUAGACUUUGCAUGUCACAUCAGAUUGGAUUUUGUCUAUGAACAGUGAACAAGGCACACUGAUCUAGAGAGUAGUUAUUUAUUAUACAUUUUUGUGUCUAAUUGUGAUGAUACACAAUAUGAUUAGGAAUGAUUGGAAAAUCUUGUCACAAGUCUUUUACUUUUUUCCUUACUUUAAAUGUAAUACGAAUCUACUUGAAGACAAAUUGUUUCCAUUCACUUUGUGUGUUACCCUUGGGCAGAAAUAUACAGAUAUAACAGGAUUAUACAGUUUUGAAAUUCUGAUUUUCAGAUCAUUUCUAUUCCAGUGUUCAAUGAUGCAUUCUUAAUAUUUGUUAUAUGAAGUGAAAUUAAAUUGCAUCACAAGACAUGGAAUAAAUUUCAUUGAAGAGACAUUCUCAAGAUUGUUAUGAAUUUUAAUCUACGAGAACAAACAUAUUUAUAAUUUCUAUUUAUUGUUUAACGCUUAACUGUCAAAAUUAUUAUUAUUGAAAAUAGUGCUGGCACUAUUAAUUUAUUGGUAAUGCUACUGUAAUUCUUUAAAGGUAAUUAUUUUUUUAAGGUAAGAUUUACAUUUGUGAAAGCAGUAUUUCCCGUCAGAGGCUUUCCUCUGUUUGUUGUUCCAAGUAGUUCAGCUUCAAGAUGUAUCUUCAAGUUUUUCUUGAAUUGUGCUCUAAUACAAUGUGUGAUGCAAUCUUCCUUACAUUCAAGUUACCAAAUUCUUCCACACAUCUUGUGGUUUGACUUAUUUUUAUAUGAAGCCAUGAAUGAUGAUUGUGCCUAGGCAGGAAGCUGAACUACUGUAUUAAACCUUGCUUCCAGGAAGGUUAUGCGAUGUGUAUUGUAAGUGGUGGGUGUGAAUCUUGAUAUGCUGGUAGUCCUACUUAAAUAUUACCAUUGAGAUGGUACUUGUGAUUUUGUGUGUUGUGUUUAUGAUAUUUAUGUUGUUGAAAUGUAAUUUAUUUUUUGACAACGGUAUUUUCAAUAAAUAGUGGAGAUUCAUUGCUGUAUAUUGUAUUCAAUGAGCCUCUCCCAAUCACCAGUGCUUUGAUUCUUCUGCAUCGGUUAGAGGGCAGAGUUGUCAGUUGGGUCAUAAAGAUUGUUGUAUUUAUAUCAUUUUACUUUCAAAAAAUUUUUGAAACUAAAGUUCAGUUGUAUAC